AUGACUUCGAGCGAAGACACGGUCGAGGAGGAAAACAACGACGCGUUGUGGAGGUUGUUUCGAAACGCCGGUGCGUUUUCGGGAGGCGUGUGUCGCGAUGUCGUGGAGAAACACAUCUUGCCGAGAUUGAAUUCGAACGAUGUGAAAUUCUUGUACGGAGUGAAUACGGAGACGAGAAAGUUGAUUAAGAGAUCGUCACGCAAGGGGGAGUUGGAAAAGGGGUUUAAAGUGCACGAGAUGUCGUCGAUAUCGACUUUGGAGUUUGCGUGGGAGAAUCGAUCGUUGUGCUGGCGCAAAGACGAAGAAUAUUUCUGCUUUCGAGUUGCUGAAACGAAUAAACUCGAGUUGCUCAAGUGGGCGAGAGAGGAGAAAAAGUGUGAGUGGGAUGAAUAUACGAUUAAUAUGGCCGCAUUACAAGGUAAUCUGGAAAUGGUGAAGUAUUGCGUUGCAAAUGAAUGUCCUAUGGAUGAGAGGGCGUGUGCAUAUGCUGCCAGAAAUGGUCAUCUCGAGGUACUCAAAUACUUACACGAAGAAGUCAAAGCGCCUUGGGAUUUUAGGACUGCCGAUUGGGCUGCUGAAAAUGGUCAUCUCCACAUACUCGAAUAUCUUGUUGAGCGUAAGUAUGAUAGAUAUAACGAACGGGCGUGUCGGUGGGCGGCCGAGUACGGCCACUUGGACUGUUUGAAGUACUUGCACGAAACCGCCAAAUGGCCGUGGUACGAAGAGGCCGUACGAGAAGCACAUCAAAACAACCACCCCGACUGUGUACAAUACCUCCUCGACAACGACUGUCCUCUCCCAGAAGGCUGGUGGUACGCGAAUGGAGAGCUCCACGUGCCAGACUAUUCAGAAUCAGAAUUAGAUUCAGAAUCAGAAUUAGACCUCUCUGAAUAA